UACCGCAACAACAAUGACCACCAGAUAUCGCGUUGAAUAUGCUCUCAAGACCCAUCGUCGGGACCAAUUGAUCGAGUGGAUCAAGGGCUUACUAGCUGUCCCCUUUGUGCUGCACUCGCAACCCACUGUCGUCUUUCAUGAGGAGAGCAUCAGAUUAGCUGCAGUGGCCACGGCCACGCAGCAACGCUAUGCCGAGAUCAUGCGUGAUGUCGAGUUAUUAAUCAAAGACCACAUAAACCAUAACAACCGCAGCCUCCCCGGCAAAUCAAAACUCAAACUUCUCGUGCCCACAGUCGGCCACUUCUUCACCCCUCUUUUACUCGAGGAUGCAUUCAUCUACCAAGACCAACGACGACACAUCAGUCGUCGCCGCUUUGUCGCGCCGUCAUUCAAUGACGUGCGUCUAACCCUCAACACGGCACAAUUGAUGGGCUUGGUACGCAGUAGUGCAAUUCGUCUUUUGACGUUUGAUGGUGACGUUACCUUGUACGAGGAUGGUUGUUGCCUGGAUGGUGAUAACCCCGUACUGUCGCGGUUAUUGAGGUUGUUGAGUCAGGGGAAGAAGAUUGGUAUUGUCACUGCGGCCGGGUACACGGAGCCGUCGCAUUAUUAUCUCCGAUUGAAGGGGUUGCUAGAUGCUGUUAAAGCCGAUACGUCGCUAACGCCAGAUCAAAAGAGUGGUCUGAUCGUAAUGGGCGGUGAAUCAAAUUUCCUCUUUCGAUACGAUCAAUCCUCUCCUCAUUUAUUGAGUUUCGUACCGAGAUCAGAAUGGAUGUUGGAUGAAAUGCAUACAUGGAACGAUAAGGAUAUCGAUGAACUCCUCAAUGUCGCCGAAGCAUCGCUGCGAGAAUGCGUCAGUAAUUUGAGUUUACCAGCUAAUGUGCUACGAAAAUCACGUGCGGUGGGCAUCUACCCCGUAAAAGGGAAGAAGAUGCAUCGCGAACAAUUAGAAGAGACAGUCCUCGUUGUGCAGAAUAUGGUUGAGAGAAGUGAAGUGGGCAAGAAAUUACCUUUCUGCGCUUUCAACGGCGGAAACGACGUCUUCAUCGACAUUGGCGAUAAAUCAUGGGGCGUGAGAGCCUGUCAACGCUACUUUGGCGGUAUCGAUCGAUCCACGACGUUACAUGUUGGUGAUCAGUUUUUGUCUGCUGGUGCUAAUGAUUUCAAGGCAAGAACGGCAUGCACAACAGCAUGGAUCGCGAAUCCAGCGGAGACAGUGCAGUUGUUGGAUGAGAUGUUUGAGUUGGAGAGUGAGUACUCCAAGGGGGAGUAGAUGGUAUCCAUCUUCAAGAGAUAUCUAUUUUUGUAUUGAUUGUGGAGUUGAGGAGUAUCUAUUUGGAUGGUAAGCGUAUCUAAUAACAGCGUCCAAAAGCAAUCAAUUAAACCCACACAAGCAAAUCCCCAUAUGGAAACAUUAGAAGGAAACAUGAACAG